UAACUUUAUGUGUCACUUUUAUUGUUAUCAAGUAAAAUAUAGCCGAGCCCCGGCAAGCUAUGAUUUUAAACUAUAAUUGUUAUCAAGCACAACACGGGGACCUGGCUCCCUCCCUGGGCUUUCCCCUCGGCUGCCCCCCACCAACUCUGAGUUAUAGAAGAUCAGUUAAUUGGAGUCCGAUGACUAGGCCACCCCUAGCUGAGGAACCAGGAGCUGGAAAAUAGCCCUUCCUGGACCUCUCUCUCUUCUCUGGCUCUGCCACCUCCCCUGGGGGUAUUUUGUGGGUGGGUGACAGAGGAAGGGAACAGGGUGAGAACAAGCUGGAGCCCCCGGCCCUGCCUCCAAAGCUCAGGGACUUCACGUCUUCUUGGAAGGCAGCCUGGAGCAGACCCUGGGGAAUAUGUGUUUACAUGUAAACACACGUGUUACACUGAUACAAUCCCUGACUGGAAGCAAGCAGGCUCUACCCACACAGGCCUCCAUCCAGGAGCUGUUCAGAGCCAGUCUGGGAGGUGCUGUGAGAAGUCAGCAGGCCAGGGAGCAAGAGUCACACAUGGGCCCGGGGGGCUCAAGCCCUAGACCUCCAGAAAUGACGUCAGGAUCAUUUGCAUCCCGCUGCCUCAACCUGCCUAGUACUGCUGGGACCCUGUCUCGACGGUCCCUUGGCCAAGAGGGUUGGAGGGGCGCUGCCCUGUGACCUACACAGACUGCAACACGAUUGCCAUAAUGAAGACCACUGGAAAGGCACUGGAGCCGAGGCCCACAGGGCGCACUGGAGGCCGGAAAGGAGACCCUAGGCCGGGGUUGAAUCACAGCCUCCCGACAGCCCUCAAUGCCCAGGCAUUGGAGCCGAGCUGGGAGCCUCCCAUCUCCUUUUGCAGGGGAGGAUUGUCAGUCUGGCGGGGUGUGCAAUGAAAUUAAUGAUCAUGAGCUCGUAUUUGAUGGACUCUAACUACAUCGAUCCGAAAUUUCCUCCAUGCGAAGAAUAUUCGCAAAAUAGCUACAUCCCUGAACACAGUCCGGAAUAUUACGGUGAACCCCAAUUAUAACGGAGGGGAGCCCAAGCGCUCGAGGACAGCCUACACUCGGCAGCAGGUCCUGGAAUUAGAGAAAGAGUUUCAUUACAACCGCUACCUGACCCGAAGGAGAAGGAUCGAGAUCGCCCACUCGCUGUGCCUCUCUGAGAGGCAGAUCAAAAUCUGGUUCCAAAACCGUCGCAUGAAAUGGAAGAAGGACCACCGACUCCCCAACACCAAAGUGAGGUCAGCGCCCCCGGCCGGUGCUGCGCCCAGCACCCUCUCGGCAGCCACCCCUGGUACUUCUGAAGACCACUCCCAGAGCGCCACGCCGCCGGAGCAGCAACGGGCAGAGGACAUUACCAGGUUAUAAAACAUAACUUACACCCCUGCCCCCCACCCUGUGCUCCGUGACCCCCUCACACACAAAUUGACACUUAUUUAUAGAAUUUAAUAUAUAUAUAUAUUUUGUUUUUUUCCCUCUUCCUCCUGCCUCCUCCCUUGUCAAUUCCAAACAGACAAAACAGAUAAACAAGCCCCUUGCCCUUCUUCCUUCACUGUUAAGAAGCCCUUUAAGCAUGUGGUGUUAUCUUAGCAUGGUACCUGCUGGGUUUUGUUUUUGGUUUUUGUUUUUUAAGGCCAUUGGGGGGGUAUUUAUUUUUUAAGAAAAAAGCUGCAAAAAUUAUAUAUUGCAAGGUGCGAUGGUCUAGUUUGGGUGAAUUUCAGGGGAAAUGAGGAAAAGAAAAAGGAAAGGGAGAUUUUUAAGUGGAUUCUCCUGUCUCCUCCUCCUCCCCCCCUCUUUCCUUAGGCCCUUUGCAUUGAAAAUGCACCAGGGGAGGUUAGUGAGGGGGAAGUCAUUUUAAGGAGAACAAAGCUAUGAAGUUCUUUUGUAUUCUUGUGGGGGGGUGGGAGGAGGGGGGAGGACAGCAGACAAAGCUAAAUGCAUCUGGAGAGCCUCUGGGAGCUGUUCAGUUUGAGGAGCCAAAAGAAAAUGAAAAUGAACUUUCAGUUCAGAGAGGCAGUCUAUAGGUAGAUGCUCCCCUACCCCCAACGUGGUUAUUGUGUUUUUUGGACUGAAUUUACUUGAUUAUUGUAAAACUUGCAAUAAAGAAUUUUAGUGUUGAUGUGAAAUGCCCCGUGAUCAAUAAUAAACCAGUGGCUGUGGACUAGUUUUA